AUGGCAACUACUUCCAAUGAUCGACUCCCUUCCAAUCUUCCAAUUCUUGAUUCGAAAAACUAUGAUAAGUGGGUAAAGCAAAUGAAGGUCUUGUUCGGGUAUCAAGGGGUUCUUGAUGUGAUCAAGAAUGGCGUUACACCACUUACGGCUGAAGCUACGAGUGCGCACAAGGCUGCGUUCAAAGAAGAGAAGAAGAACGAUUAUAAAGCACUUUUUCUAAUUCACUCACGAGUUGAUGGCGACAACUUUGAAAAGGUUGGUGAUUGUAGUUCCGCAAAGGAAGCAUGGGACAUUCUUGAGAAGGCUUAUGUUAGGGCUGAUAAAGCCAAGGUGGUGAGGUUACAAACUCACAAGAGACAAUUAGAAUUAAUGAAAAUGGAAGAAAAGGAAUCGAUUUGUGACUAUGUGACGCGAGUCACGCGUUUGGUGAAUCAAAUUAAAUCGUGUGGUAAAGCCAUGGAAGAGAAGAGUAUUGUGUCGAAGAUCUUGCGUUCUUUAACGCCAAGAUUCGACAACAUUGUGGUAGCGCUUGAAGAAUCCAAGGACCUUGAAAAAUUGAGUAAGAAUGAUCUCCCAAGCUCUCUUGAGGCUCAUGAGAAAAGGAUGGACGAAAGAGGGAAUGACAAGGCUAAAGCGGAAAUAGCUUUGCAAGCACGAUUGAAAGAGAAGAACAAUCAUUCAAAUGAGAAAUGGCAACCAAGAGGGAAAGGUUAUGGUGGAAAAGAUCCACAAAAUCCAAAGGCUCAAAUGGGGCACAAGGAUGAGGGAUGCUCCAAAGGUGGUGGUCAGGGCACCCGCAAGGAAUGUAACGCGAAACCAAAGGAGAAACAAAUCGAUGAAGCAGAGGUUGCUAGACAUGAAGCAAAGGUUGUUAAGAUCAAUCGAGCCACAAAGAACAAGGUGAAGUUUGCCGAAGAUACAACUUUGGAAGCCGAUGGUGUAAGUGAUGUCUUGAUCAUGAAGAGGGAUUGUGGUCAUUCCUUAAUCAAAGAUGUAUUGUUUAUCCCCGGAAUUAAGUGUAAUCUCUUGAGUAUUGGCGAAUUGCUUAAGAAGAAUUACACUAUUCGGAUUGAAAACAAGAGUUUGCGAGUUUUGGACCAAAAUGGAGUUUUGGUUCUUAAGGAACCUAUGGAUGCAUAUAGAACUUUCAAGAUAGCAUUGAAAGUGAUGGAACAUCGGUGUUUAGAUAUAUCGGCAAGUCGUGAGGAGUGUCUAUGGAACUAUCGCCUAGGGAACCUUAAUUUUUGA